UUUAAUGCCUCUACCCGAAUGCGCCUAUCAAAAUACUACACGAGGCAGUUUACAAAGUAGCUGACCGUAGAGCUCCAAAUUCCCGACCCGACCCGAACACUGAAGCCCAUCGUCCCUUCUGCCCCUGUUCCCAAAUUCAGGUACGAAAUUCCCAACUCCUCUCUGUUGAAGGAACAAUCUUCUUUCUCGAUCUGUUGCAGGUUUUUUUCUUGUGCCGAACCUUGUGGUGUGGAUUUUAUUGUUCAUUGAUUUCUGAGGAGAGAUUCAUGUCGGCAUCAAAUGAGGAUAACAUCUCUCAACCACAAGUAACCCACAUCUUAAAUGAAACCAGAAACUUAUAUUUGCUGUUGUCCGCUCAUGUUUUUGAUGAGCUUCUUGAUUCCAUCAUUACUGAUGUUGCAUCUGAGUGUCACCGCGUAGCGAAACUAGGCCUUGAUCGUAAUUUAGAAGAAGAGGAGGAAGAACUUCGGUUGUCUGCACAAGCCCGGGCAACAGUAGCUGAUCCUAGCAACAGUAGUGAAACAAAUGGCAAAUAUGUCGUAGAUAUAUUUGGGCAAACCCAUCCUCCUGUUGCAACUGAAAUAUUUGAAUGUAUGAAUUGUGGCAGAUCUAUCAUGGCUGGGCGAUUUGCUCCUCACUUGGAGAAAUGCAUGGGAAAGGGGAGGAAGGCCCGUCUUAAGGCAACAAGAAGUAGCACUGCUCAGAACCGAUAUACACGAGGCAGUUCUGCUUCAACCUACUCCCCUUAUUCAACUCCCACCAGCACGAGUCGAUUACCAAAUGGAAGUUCCGGUGUUUCAGGUCAUGAGUACUCAAAUGGCUCCUUAGAAGACUUGUGACAUGGCCUUGGAUGGAUGCAGUGGUGGGGGCUGAUUCAUCUUCAGGUGAAGGAUUGAACUGAGAAGACAACCCACUGUUGUUGCAUCCUUUCGUGCCAUAAGAGGAGCUGGUGGAAGUAGCUGUACUGGUUCGUCAUACAACGCAGAUGCUGCUCAUAGUAUGGUUAGAUAAUAACUGUAUGAAAACAUGGGUUUCCCAUACAAAUGGUUUAUAGUACACAUUGACUUUCACAAGAGAGAUGAAUAGCAUUAGUUUAGUAGAGAUUAACAGCAUUGUAAAGGAGAUCUCACUGCCUGCCUCAAUAUUCUAGUUCAAAGCUAAUGCCUUCUUUAGCAA